AUGGAGGAGGACCGUCUCUGGAAGUUCCGCCGGCCGGAGUGGCUCAACAGCGCCUGGGUGCGCAACGGAGGUGUCUACGGCGCCGGUGCUCUGUUCUCCCUCGCCUUCUACGUGCUCCUCGACGCCGCCGUGUGGUCCAAGUCGGCGGCCAACGGGUCCGACGUGCACGUGACGUUUGUCGACUGGCUGCCGCUCAUCUUCAGCGCCCUGGGCAUGCUGAUCAUCAACAGCGUCGAGAAGGCGCGGCUGUCGGCCGACUCGUUCAGCUACUCGGGCUCGGGCGUCGCCUGGAAGGCCCGCGUCGUGCUGUUCCUCGGCUUCGCCGCCCUCGCCGGCGGCAUGGCCGGCGGCGUCACCGUCUUCGUCCUCAAGUUCGUCGUCCCCAGCGUCCAGUGGCCCGCCCUCGGCAUGGGCGUCGAGAACGUCGUCGCCAACGGCCUCGUCGGCCUGUCCAGCGUCGUGCUCUGGAUCAGCCAGAACAUGGAGGACGAGUACAGCUACAACCUGGCGUUGUGA